AUGUCUCAAGAUGAUCCUGUUGCCAUACCUCCUGUCCCUACUCUAGCAAGUUCAUCAAUGCCUGUAGAAUCUGAUGGUCUCACAGUGCCAACAGCUCAAACUGCUACAGAUGGGGGUGAUGUAGAGGAUGGUAUUGAGAUAAUGGUUGAGUUGUAUGGUGGUAUUGAAAACUGUCCAUACACGGAAGGUGAUGCAAAAAAUUUGAGAGUGGAGUACCGUGCUGAGUAUCGAGGAAAGGACAUGAAAGCAACCCUUGAUCACUUUGAGGAACUGAAGAAAGAGGAUCCUGAUUUCAUUUACGGUUAUACCCUUGAUGAAUUUGAUAGGGUUGAGAAUCUAUUUUGGGUUGAUGGUGCAGCAAGGAAGUCAUAUGAGCUCUAUGGUAUUGACAGAAAUGGAAUAACUAUUCAGCUUGGUUGUGGCUUCAUGAGGAAUGAAAAAACAGAAGCUUUUGUGUGGUUGUUUACUGAGUUCAAGAAGGCUAUGGGUGACAGAGAUCCUAUUAAUAUUAUCACUGAUCAAGAUUUGGCGAUCGCGGCUGCGAUUGCUCAAGGUUUUACCACUUCAGUCCAUAGGAACUGUAGGUGGCACAUCAUGGAGAAUGCUAGGAAAAGAUUGGGGGCUUUCUUAGAUGGUAAACCAGGCUUGGCUGAUGAUUUCAAUGAUUGUGUUGACAAUAGCUUCUCAAUUGUAGAGUUUGAAUUCAAAUGGCAAGCUAUGCUGGAUAAACAUGAGAUCAAUGAUGAUGAAAGAUUCAAGCAUUUGUAUGAAAUGAGAAAUUGCUGGGUUCCGGCUUACUUCAUGAACAACUUCUUCCCCUUUCUGCAAACAACAACACGGAGUGAAGGAUUCAAUGCUGUCCUGAAGCGAUAUGUGAACCCAAUGAAUUCAAUACUAAACUUUGUUCACCAGUACAAGAAAAUACAGGAUAGAAUAUUCGGCAAACAAACAAUACAUGAGGCUAAUACAACUGUCAAGGUUCCGCACUACUUGACUGGCCACCCCAUGGAAAGACAAAUGAAGCAAAUGUACACAAGGAAGUUGUUCAAUAUUUUCCAGGAUGAGCUACAGCUGAGUUCUAGUUACUAUAUUGUUCGAGUUGAAGGUGAUAGCUUACUUGAUGUUGUUCCAUAUGGGCGCUGUCCCGAUCUCUUAUAUGGGAAGAGAACAUUUAGGGUUUCAACAAACAGUGUUGAUGGUUUGUAUAGCUGUGAUUGUUGCAAGUUUCAGAGGGACGGGGUUCUUUGCUGCCAUAUACUAAAGGUGUUUGAUGCACUUGCUGUCCGUGAGGUGCCAUGUCAUUACAUUUGGAAAGGCGAAUGA